AUGGCCUCACGUCAAUUCUUUGAUCCAGUGGUUCUUCUACGAGUUGCUCCACUGAUCACCUCCUCUGCCACACUUUCGUACUGCUGGGCACAGAACGCUUUCAUCAGUAUCUUUACCCGACCAAGAAACCGAGACAAGAGCAAUGCAUUACUCCCAACUUACAUCGAAGAAUGGUUCUACGGCUAUACUGGUCAGCUGAUUGCAGCCUACACGACAACCAUCUUGACUGCAGGUGUAAAUUGUUACUAUCGUCGUCAACCAUUUGCCGCGUCGGACUCAGCAAAAUGGUAUGCUGCAGGAGCAGUAUUCAGUGCUGCUCAUUUUGCGUUUGUACCCGCCGUUGCUUGGAAGUUUACGACUAUCAUUAAGGACGAGACCAAGGGAAACAGCGUCAGAGUGCUUGACGAUUGGCUUAAGGUUCAUCGUAUCCGAUCUCUGACGGUGGACAUCAUCAGCUGGGCAUGCAUUCUAGUGGGAGUCCUGAGAGCUGUAGAUGCUUAG